AAAGGUUAUAGUUAAAAAACUUCGUAAAAAAAUAAUUUCAAUUUACUCACACUCUAUGAACAGAUCUUCCGUGAUUACAUCGUUGUGGAAUUGCCUGCGGUAAAAAUAAUGAAUCAUGGCCUAUUCUUAAAAAAACUGCGGUUUCCCUAGUAAAUGGAAACUUUGAAAACUGCGCCAUUGACACUUCCUGUUUACUUUCUACUUAGUAACUUGAUGAGCGUCUUAUUUCGGCAUAAAAGGUUGAACUUUUUUGGGUUUGAAUAAACUCGAAGAAAAUAUGAAUCAUAUAUUGCUCCUUAAACUCUCUAGAACACAUAGAUUACAUUAUGGCUGAAUGAUUCACAAAUAUCAUACAUUCACAGUUCUAUCUAUCUAUACUGUCUAACUCCCCGUGCGGGUAUUUUUGACAGGUAUUGACUUAAUGUGACUGUUGUUUGUAAGGAUUGAGAGUUAAUGUAACCACCAAAAGAUGCAAUAUAAACCAGGAAGAACUACUGACAUGAUUUCGUCAUCAUGUGUUAUAUUUGAUAACAAUGAAAUAUAAACCAGGAAGAACUACUGACAUGAUUUCGUCAUCAUCCAUCAUGUGUUAUGUUUGGUGACAAAUGUUUUUUUUAUACCAAAUACUUUGGACUUGACACAUAAAGACAUUACUUAAUAAACAUAAGAAAAUGAUGUAUUUAUCAUUAAUGAAAAUAAUAAAGUGUGGUAUAAGACUUAAUCAAUUACAAGUUUAUUUGACAGUGAUAUAUUAAUUGAUAUCAAUGUCAAUUGAAUAAACCAUUUGUAUGCAGUGCCUAGUGAAGAAUGAACAACUGACAAUGUUUGUGUAUUUGAGGAAUGAAGGACAGAUUGUUAGAGUUCCUAGUGUCACUUUAAAGGAUUGCCAUAGACCAAGUAUUGGCACCUACAAUGAGGAAAGGAUAGAGCCUGCCCUCUGGUACAAGGUUCUGAUUCUUGACUCGAUCUACAUAGACUGUGAUAACAGGGUCAUAUACUGGAACUGCCAUAGAAAGGAGGAAUUCAUUACGAUGCACGCCUCGCCAUUGUUUGACCUAACACCAGGAAAGCUUUCAACAUACUAUCAUGAUAAAGAAAAAAUAUUCCGCGAUGGGCAGCUGUAUGACUUUGAUCCAAACGUGGACGAGAUGUUUGAAACAAGCAGGAACAUAAGCAGAGAUUUAAAUCCAGACUUGAUAGACAAGGAAGGGAACAGAAAGUGCUAUGAAGAGUUGUUAAAGUUACUACAUGUUUUUGUUUUACCAGAAGUCUGUUUUUACCCAAAGGACAGGACUGUAGUUGAAAGUGUUUUAGCUGAAAUUGAAAAAGUACAUGAAAAAAUUGAAGAAGACAUUGAGUAUAAAGGCCGAAUGAAAAAGAAUACAGAAAAUUCAUUAAGGAAGUUAAGGAAUAAAAUUCUGCAGACUGAAGACUUCUCUAGUCAAAGAUAUGUUGCAUCACUUCAGGACAGUUUUCUCAAAGUCUUUCUCCAACAUUUGGACAAAGAGUUGAGGACAUUAAAUGAAUCGUUACUUCAGAAUGAGAGAGAAAUUAAACUGUACAGAGAUUCAGAAAUAAAGAAAGAUUCAUCAAAAUUAGAACAGGUGAGAACUGAGCGUGAUGGCAUAUUGGAAUCAAUCACCAAGGCCACAAUAGCAAGAGAGGAGAUCAAGAAUGUUGUUUUGAGAAGUCAUGUGAAAAAAAGGUUUUCACGUACCAUAACAAAGCCGUCAGAUCUUCAUGAGUUAUAUGUGGAAGUGAGUAAAAGAGUUGAUGUUUUGAGUGGGGAGAUAAAAGAAAAGAUUUAUGCAAAAAUCAAAGUUUCUAGUGUUAGAGAAGCAGUGUUGUUGACCAUGAAAGAAAUAGACACUGAUGGCCGGUCGUUUGGUUUUAAUAGGAAAAAAGGUACAUUUGAAACGGAAACUGACCUAUUUGACCCAAACAAACUGCCUGAAGACUGGGCUACACUUAAUGAUAAGGUCAAAACCUAUCUCAUUGUUAAACCAAUUGGCUAUCGCACUAAGUAUGAAAAGUUUUGUGAACGAGUUAAAAACCAAUGUCAGCGUUUGAUUGAGGACACAAAAUUAUUUACUGGAAUGUCCGACUUGGUUGAACCUUUAUCCCCUGAAACGGAAGAUUUUAUUAGUAUUAUUGGUGACAAAAGUGUGAGAAGGCCAUCGAAAAUGGCUCCAAACUGUCCACCUGGUACGGUACAUGGAGUGCUGAAAAGGGAACGCAGUUUUUCAACAAGAUGGUCCAUGGGUAGCAUAUCAAGGGCUGACUGCGAAAGGAUUUGUAAAGAUGUUACCAAGCACAUUGAGGAGAUGGCCUAUGAUCUAGCUCUCGAAAUUCAAGGUAACCAGUGUCAGCACCUACAACAAAACUUUGUGAACAAAGUAUACAUUUGCUAUGAACAGCAUGUGGCAGAAGAAUUGAUGCCAAUUCUGUGUGAUUUGUAUGAACAGAGCUACAGAGCUCAAUGCUUUAGUCUCUCAGAAUGGCUGAAAAGAUAUUCAGCUUCUGAUGUAGGAUAUGGCGAGGAGACAUUUAGAAAAUUGUUGGAGAAUCCGUUGGACCAUAGUCUAACACGACCGAGAAGUAUGUAUGUAAAUAACCUUAUUGUGGGUGAUAAACAUGACAGAACAAAAGCAAGAGCAACCACUGGCUAUGUCAGUAUGACUAGUGUGCCAAUUGAUCAGCUAUACAGUCAGUCUGAUGGGCAAGACGACUCUAUGCCCAUGUCUUUUAUCGGAGCAUUGGCAUUGGGUCUUGAAGAAUAUCUCAAAAUGGACCUCGAUUGUAAAGAUCAUUUACCCAAUCCCAGUGCAAGCAUACCUCCAUCAGCUUUUAGUCAGGAGAAUCAGCAUGAUAGUGUCUUUGAAGAUGAAAUGGUAAGCCACUCUGCUGAAGAUUCAAACACUGAUUAUCAGCUUCAGGAAGUCAGUGAAUAUAAAGUGAUUGCUCCUCACGAAACAACUGUCAAUCAGACCCAAUCUGAAGCAAUUGCAAAUGGUGCAGGUGAUCCAGUCUGCGUGGUUGUGGUAGAUGAAACCAUUUACAAGAGGGACCAUGGAACAGAUGAUUCUGAAGAAGUUAUUAUGCGGAAACAUGAUCAAGCUGUUCCGGAAGUAAGUGUUCUGCAAACAUUACGAAGUAGGUUUUACCAAAUGUUUGACAAGUUUUAUACAAUAAUUGAAGAGGAGAACGCAGCUAAUACUCUGUUCAGCAAAUUACGGAACGUAACCAGAGCAAUCAAAUUCAUAGAAGAGCAGAUUUCUAAACACCAGACUAAGAGGGCAGAUCUUUGUGCUGAUGACUUGCUAGAUGUUCUUCUUCUCCUUUUGCGUAAGCUUGAACCUGAAAAGUUUCUGCAGUUUUAUGCGCACCUGAAUUUGCUCAUUCAUCUCAGUCCCCAGUUCAUGCAGGGUAACGCCCACGACUAUUCUCUCGUAACCAUCAGCGUUGCUUAUCAGCACCUCUUUGAACAGCAGCUGCUGCAUAAGAAUUCAGUUUGUGUAUAGUUGUUCCGUAUGUUAUACCCUAAGAAUUCAGGAUGUGCAUAGUGGUACAGUAUGCGAUACCCUGCAUUUAAAAAUACAAGCAUUCAGGAUGUGCAUACUGGAACUGUACAUGUAUGUGAUAUGCUGCAUGAGAAUUUAGUGUGUGUAUUGUGGUACCGUAUGUAAUACGCUGCAUACAAAUUUAGUAUUUGUAUAGUUUUACCGUAUGUAAUACGCUGCAUACAAAUUUAGUAUUUGUAAAGUUUUACCGUAUGUAAUACGCUGCAGGAAAAUUCAGUAUGUCAUUGUGUAUACAUGUAGUUGAACCAUAAUUAUGUGAUUGCUGCAUGAGAAUUCCGUAUUUGUAUAGUUGUACUUUAUGUGAUCCUCAGUGAUUUUUUCAAAUUCUUGUGAUUGGGGUGUAUUUUGACAUAACAUUUACCAGGUACCAACUUUCCCUUUACUUAAACAGCUCCAUGUUUUUGGUAAAAUUGUAUUUCUCUGUUUUAUUUUCCCCUUUAACUUGAUUUUCAAUAGUUCAAUCUGUAUUCACACAUGACUUGAUAGUUGUUCAAAGAGUAUUUAUCACUUACAAUAUACCUUGUUUCCCAUUUGAUACAACAAUUACAAUUUAAGAAAGUGACUUUUAUGGGCUACAUUUUCUUUGAUGGACCAAUCACGCAUUAUUUUGAUAAGAGGGUAUCACAUCAGUUUACAGCUAGCUAUAAAAAUUUAAAACCACAUACAAAUAAAGUUUAUAUGUCAUUUAACAAGUGAUAAAAAAUUAUGUUACCAAAACUUUUUGUGAAAAAAACUUUCACUUGUAUAUUUUUAUGCCCCCCUUCGAAGGAGAGGGGGUAUAUUGUUUUGCACAUGUCGGUCGCUCCAUCCACCAGAUGGUUUCCGGAUGAUAACUCAAGAACGCUUAGGCCUAGGAUCAUGAAACUUCAUAGGUACAUUGAUCAUGACUGGCAGAUGACCCCUAUUGAUUUUCAGGACACUACAUGUAGGUCAAAGGUCACAGUGACUCAAAAUAGUAAAAUGGUUUCCGGAUGAUAACUCAAGAAUGUUUACGCCUAGGAACAUGAAACUUAUAGGUACAUUGAUCAUGACCAGCAGAUGACCCCUAUUGAUUUUCAGGUUAUUAGGUCAAAGGUCAAGGUCACAAUGACUCGAAACAGUAAAAUAGAUUCCGGAUGAUAACUCAAGAAUGCUUAUGGCUAGGAUCAUGAAACUUCAUAGGUACAUUGAUCAUGACUGGCAAAUGACCCCUAUAAAUUUUCAGGUCACUAGGUCAAAGGUCAAGGUCACAGUGACUCAAAACAGUAAAAUGGUUUCCUGAAGAUAACUCAAGAAUAAUUAGGCCUAGGAUCAUGAAACUUCAUAGGUACAUUGAUCAUGACUGGCAGAUGACCCCUAUUGAUUUUCAGGUCACUAGGUUAAAGGUCAAGGUCACAGUGACACAAAACGUAUUCACACAAUGGCUGCCACUACAACAGACAGCCCAUAUGGGGGGCAUGCAUGUUUUACAAACAGCCCUUGUUAAAAGUUACAUUUAUGAUUAUAUUAAAUUCUCAUCAUGUUUACAUGUAUGUUAAUUACUAAUCACGGCCAAACAUCAUAAAAUAUGAAGACAUGGUACAUGGCAAGCAAGUUUCAAUUUGCUCAUUUUUGACUACUGAAAAAAAUAGCCUUGCAUCAUUUUGACACAUUUUGUUUUGCACAAUCCAAUUUGAAAAAAAAAACAGAAAUGGUCAUUUAUGGAAAUAGUAAAGCGUUUGUCAAUCUUUUAUUCAUUAUUAUGAUAAAUAAGCUAUUACAAAACCAUAAACUUGCAUGAAGUUACUUCAGUAUUUUCACCAAUAUCAUUUUUAUUUUGACCCCUCAUUAUUUUGAGACCUUGGGUCAUUUUGACUCUUGAUUUUCAAAACCUACUGAAAUCUCUGCAUGUAUUUUGGUAUUUUAUAACAACCUUAAUGUUUUUACAACAUCAAACAAAUUUUUUAGGGCAUUGUAAUAUAUGUAUACUUGAAUUUUUAUGUCAAGUUCGAUGCAUUAGCAUUCAUUUUAUGAAAGAACUUUUGUUCUUUAAAGGGACUUGUUCACAGUUGAGCAACAUUACAAUUGUCAAAAAGAUUGUCAUGGAUUUAGAACAAAUGUAUGUUUUAUAUUUGAACAAGCAAAUUAACAACUCCUGACUAUAAAAAAAUGUUUGUCAUAUUUGUUCAUUAAGUGAUUAUCACCAAUCCAAAUUGGAAAAAUAAUACAGCAUUUGUAUUAAACGCUUUUAGCAAUAAAUUAGCAAAAACAAUUGUAUUGCCUACACAGCGUUUCAAGUACUGCCCCUUUCAAAAGUCUGCAUCGUGGUGGUGGUAGCGGAUAGGCUUUUGCUUCUAGAGGUCCCUGUUUAAACCCUAGGAUAGGCACAUUUUUAUACUUAAUCUUUUUCCUUGGUAUAAUAAUUUAUUAAAAACCAUCCCAAAUAUAAAUGUUUGCUAAGAAAAUUCAUUGAAUGACAAAAUAUGAGAAUCUGUGAAUAUGUCCCUUUAAAUUGAUCAAAUAAAUUAUUGUUUCAAUGGUGCAUUAUUGAUUAUUGGUGCAAUAUUUAGUCUUAUACAGGAACAAAUAUUGUGUAUUUUACUGAUGUUCAUUAGAUUUAGAUGCAGGUUUGUUGUUACUUUAAGUAAUUUCUUUGUUACGCUCAUUUGAUUUAUGGCUAGGCUUUAACCCAUUUAUGCCUAGUGUCUAGAAAAAAAUAAACGACCUUGGCAAACAGCAUAGACCCAGAUGAGACACCGCAUGAUGCGGCGUCUCAUCAGGGUCUGCGCUGUUUUCUUAAAAGAAUUUCUGUAAAAAAUGUCUAAAGAAAGAAAUAAAUAUUAUAGACAUUCCUAAUUUUGGAAAUCAAUUGAUCCAAUUAAGAAGGAUGGGAGAGUCCACUAGGCAUAAAUGGAUUAAAAUAGGUUUGUUUCAGGCUCUAGACCUAAAAAAGAAUGAGACCCUGAAGAUUGCUUUAAGAUGCCAGCAGGUCACAAAAAUACAGCUCCCGCUUAAGAAAAUUUGCAGCAAGUAAAGUGGAGAUGAAGAGCGAAUAUUUAUAACAAAUAAACGCUGAUCACUUUCUUGUUGAUAUCGCUGGAAAGUGAGCAGCAUUUAAACAAUAAAUACAAGUAGAAAAAGGUAUAAAACCCUGAAAAAUAUCGGCAUGGAUGUUGCCAUCUUGUUUGUCACAUGAUAACCCCCCUUUUAUAAUAAAAGUUUAUAUAUUUCAUUACCAUCAAUUUAAGUUGUACCAAACACUUAAAUGCCCAAUGAUUCACACAUAUCUGAAUUGUGUGCCCUUGACGAUAGAUGACCCAGCUGUAUGGAUAGAUAUAGUGAUGUAUCAACUUCAGACAUAUGUUUCAGUAAUUUAAAUGCUUAACCUUUACCACUAAGAUAUUCCCUUUGACAUGUUUGUAGCCCCUUUAAAGAUCAAAUUUAAGUUCAGACCUUUCACACUUUAGUCACAUCUCUUCUGAGCGAGAUAUGACGUCUCCAAGUUUCCCUUUAAAGGUACACGUUCAAAUAUUGGCACAUUGAUGCUUUUAAAGGUUUUUUCUUUAUAAGUAACCAUGAUAACUGCUGUCAGAAUAUCCUCCUGUUCUGCAUAAUUAUACCCCCAUUACCAUUGGUAAUGGGGGCUAUAUAGGAGUCACUUUGUCGGUCGGUCUGGCGGUCUGUCUGUCUCGAAAUUUCAUCUGAUCUUCACCAAACUUGGUCACAAGUUGUAUCUAGUUUUGACUGUUGUUUUUGAUCAACAAUCUUUGCUUACUACUAUUUCACAAAUGUUCUGCCAUUACAUCUUAAGUUUAAAACCUAUAUAUGAUGCAUUUUGGAUUAUUUUAUAAUGGGAUGAUGAACAUGUUAAAAUAUAUAUAAUAUAAUAUUAUAUUUUUAAAGUGUUACUUACUGAUCAAACUUGUACCUUACCUUUUCUGUUCGCAAAUACUUUUACAAAUAAAUUGAAUGUUAUGAAUUAUAAAUUUUAGACUGUAUUUUAAACUUAAGACCUAAAGAGAUUACCUUGGUGACAGAUAAAUAAUAAUAAAUAUUUAAAUAAUAAUAAAUUUAUUUAUAAAUUUUUGUAUACAGUUGUAUUAUAAUACAUUUCCUUUGAAGACUGGUUAUUUUUUAAUGACGUAAUUCAGAAUUAUGUAUAAUUUUGUGACAAAUACUUACUAUUGUAUAAUGUUGUAUUUCUUUUUGAACAAAAGAUUAAUGAGGAGUGGUGUCAUGCUUAAAAACCAUAACCGUUCACUUUCUUAAAUAAGAGUUAUUACUCUUUGUUAUUUUUGUAUGAUUGAACUUUUCAGAGCUAUAAUAUCAGAUAAGAUAUAACAUUUUGAUUAUUAUUAAACCAUUCAAAUAAAAUGUCUACAAUGAGGAAUACAUUAAUUACAAUUUUAUAAAAGAUUUAUAAAUUAUCAUAUGUCAAAAUAAAUAUAAAAAAAUAAUAAUAAAAGGGCAGGGCGGGACUUCAGAAGGGCAAGGCUGGGCUUUGGAAGGGCAGGGCGGGGCGCCCUUCCAUGUAGGCCUAGCUGGAGCACCGAUUGUGUCCUAUAUGCAUACUCUAUUUGUGCAGCUGUUGGUAUUUAUUUUCCAAGAUUAAUGACAGCAUAAUAGUUAGUUAAUAUUUUAACACGAUUCCAGUAAUAGAACUAAUUGAGGUAUCUGGGCAGCGCUAAAUUUAGACUGAAUCAUCAGAAAAUGGGUCUCAUGCCAUAUGCCACUAGUGUAGCUCCCUGCCUGCACAUGCAUUUAUUAGCCACGAAACCUUGCACAACAUCAUAGCUGACAGAAUAGCUCCCUACCAGACUAUGUGAUUGGGCAAGCUUGUCUUGAGCUUUGCUGGUCCAUAUGGCAGAAGACCCAUUUUGCAUGACGCCACUCAAAUAUUCAUGCAUACAGGUCACUGUCAUAUGUGGUUGAGUGCUUUAGUCCCUAUGAAAUAUACGUUUCCACAUAAACAUUUUAAAGAUGAUCUUUUUAUGAAAUCUUCAUUUGCUCAGGUUUGAUUUUACAAGAGUGAUAGUUAUGCGUGUUAUCUUGGAGUGUUAUCUUGCCAAAUGUGAUGUUUGUACAUGUACAUGUAUUGUGUGUUCUUUUAAAUUGUAAUAUCUGAAAUCGAAAGUGCUUUUGCUACCUUUUAACUGUUGAAAUAAUAGUUUUUACUGAUUCACUAACAGAAACAUGUACUAAAAUGAAGACAACAAUUGUUAUACAAAAUUGCAGUUUAUCUUAAAAAAGUCUUAUAUGUACAUUGGUUCAUAUAUAUAUGGCUUGUAUUCUGUAAACAGUACAUUAGUGUCGCUAUAUUUGAAACAUUUUUCUGAUAAAAACUCUAUAAAAGUUUAUGCAAUCAUAAAUCUUUUCAUACAUUUUAUAAAACAUCAAUCUGUAUUAUGGUCACUUGUGGAAUGCUUACAGAUUAUAUUUUAACACUGCUUUUUGCAUAAGGUAUAUGAAAAAUUCACAGGAAUCAAGAUGCCCAUUUUUGCAUGUUCAACUGUGAGACUCUGGGAUCAGCAUAAAAGUAUUGUAAAGAUGUAUUGUUUACAAAAAAAAAACACUAUUGGCCAGUAUUGAGGGACAUGUGAGCUUGUUGAAUAGAAAAUGACUCAUCACUCUGCUAUUCCUCUUUUAAGUUGAUUUUCACAAAUUAGUAUUUUCAGUAAUAUACGUAUAUGUCAAACACGUUUUAUGUAUGGUAAUAUAACAUUUUAUAAUGAACAAUAGGACUUUGUAUGAUGAACAAGUGACAUGUUGUCAUGCUCAUGAUAAGUUAAGUUGUGAAGAAGUUAAACGGAUUCAUGCGUGUGUGUAUUUUUUUAUGAAAUGAUACAUAUAUGUUUAUGUAUUAAUUUAAAAUCCACCGAAAACUGAGUGUUAUUUUUGUUCUGUUAUAUUUUUUGCACACAUUGUUGGCAUUUUAUACUAGAUGUUUGUUUUAUAUACCCAAAUACCCAAAUAUUGUUUAUUAAAUAUUUGAUUUA